ACUGAGUACCGCGCAUAGCCCUGAACGCGAGCCGAAAGCGCCAAGCGGUAGACACGUUCCAUUUUUAAAUUGAAACACAGAUUAUACAAUUUAUUGUUUUCUUGUGAAGUGCCAGUGAAUAGGAUUAACUGUGUCAUUCAACCAAAGAGUAUUUAGUAACUGUGAUAGUAAUAAUUAUUUCAAAGAUGAUCGAUAAUUGUGCAUUGUGCAAUGGAUGCUCAUUAAGGAGGACGAUGAAGAUCAAAUUUAACGGUUUUCCCAAAAGGCUAUUGGUAGCUGCAUCGGUAGUUGUUGUAAUAGCCAUGUGCUUAACUCCGACCGAAGCCCGUUCGAUAGAACACAGAAGACGACAUCAGAGACGACAGCCAGACAAUAUAGCACUUACCAAAGAUAUGGCAACAAUAAAACGGCCGAGAAACCUCAGUGUAGAAAACUACAAAAAUGCCACGAGAAAAAUUAAGCAUAAAUUGAGGAAUACAAAAAGAUUCUUUGAUCAAGAUAAGAAGGUUUUAAAUGAAACAAGAGAGUACCGAGAUGGUAUGCCGAGUUGGUUGCCCGCAGUGAACUUCGUUGAUAUACAUUUUCAUGACUACAGAUCUUCGAGAAAACCGGGAAGUUCGAUAUCAGAACGAAAGUUUACAUAUCUGAUGCCGAAGCUUUAUAAAACGUUGAAGGAGUAUGAAGUCAUUUUCACGAGGCUACGGAACGUCCAAGUAGAUUUAACUGACGACCCUUUUAACAAUUACGUGGCAAUCCGGGAGAAACUCCUUGCGGAUACACUGAAUCGCCUCUACAGCACAAUUGCGGAAAUAGCCGAAAACAUGAUGGCUGUCCACAUGACCAUACCGCCGUUCGACAAAAGCAAACUGAAACUGGACUCGCUACAAAUGAAAGUUGACGCGACACAGUGUCUAAAGAACGAUUACAUUGCGUUUAGAGCGUACGGCAACUUAUUGAACAACUGGUACUCUGAAUUUAGGUGUCCAUUGAACAAGAAAGGGGAUAAGAAAUGCGCUGCUUUCCACGCGAAGCUCAGAGAGAAGAAAGGCAACAAACGACUCAGAAAUAAAACUUCUUCGAGUUGAAGUCUAUUUUUGUUUUAAAUUUAUUCAACGAGAUGACGUCAUUAAUUAUUUAUUUGUUACAAUUGUUCGCUCUCUGAAGUGGUAUUACCGAUUUGUUUGACGAAACUAUGUUUUGUUGAUUAAUGGGUACUUUCUCUGUGAUAUUUAGUAUUCUCUAAUUUAUUAGUAUAAUUUUAAUUUAUUGAACUUCGUACUUAAGGUUAAUUAAGUUCCUUUGUAUUCGUCUACUUUUCCUUCGGACUUUGUGAAUGUGACUUAAGUAUUUAUUAUCUCAUACGUAUUGAUAGCAUUAAGUAUUAACUCAUCUGAGCUAGUAUUACUAGUUAGUAUUUUAGAAAAGAAAGACUUUUAGAGGAUUUAAGUUGCUUAUUUAUGAUUGAGAAUGUAUUGAGCUGAUGUUUUUUUAUUAAUUGAACUGAUAUGAGUUUGAAUUUUGUAAAUAUUCAAUGAAAUCGAUUGAAUCUGUUAUGAUAUUUUGCAAAUUGAUACGGAUAUUAGAUAUAAGAAUGAAAUAAAUAACAUUUUUUUUUAUA